UCUCCCUUAUAGCAGUGCAUGUUGGAAUUACCCUUAGUUGCCUCAUACAACCUUAACCACACAGAUAAUGCAAUUAGGCAUGGAAAAAGCAAAUGAUUCGUGGGUGUGGGUCAAAAACUAGAGCAUCUUGCUCUGAAGAAACGCAAUUGGUUAAUCUCACUAUGAAGAAACAAACAGAGCAAAAGCCAGAGUAUCUCGCUCUCAGUGGGCAAUGGAUCCAGUCUCAUUCGUGUGGGUCACAGUUGGCAAUAUUGCUCUCAAGAUCCCAGUAGCUUCCAAGCUCGCCCGCUCCGUCGUCCACCCUUCUUCCUCGUCGUGUUUCUGCAAGAUCAAGCUCAAAAACCUCCCCCCUCAAAACGCCUCCAUCACCUACCUCCCGUCGGAGGCCGAGACCCUUGACAGCACUACUCAAGCCAAUGCCAUGGCCUCCCGUCGGAGGCAAAAAUACUCCCAUAAAAAUAUGGUUGGCCAAGAAAGACUUGUUCUCCUAAUCUACUUCAUGACCACGUUGCUUCCCGUGCUUCAAUAAAGUGGAAUAAUCUUAAUGACAUGGUUGAUUGUCAAUGCUGUUCCAACAACCAUGGUUUGAAAUUGGUCAGAAGAUCUACAACUAGAAUCAAACUUGAGGAAGGAAGUAGUGAAACCUGAAAAGGUAUACAUAGGUUUAGUUAUUAAAUUUAGCCCAUGGCUGAAGAAAGUCGACAGGCGUACCUGGACAGCUUGAAAUCGUAAAUUGUGUGCCUAUGGCUCCUCCUACCAGAAAAAUAAUGGGGAUUGAUUUGAUCAUUCUGAAAACGUGGAACUCAUGUUAUGAUAAGUGGUGGAGAAAACCAAAUUGUUCAUAUGUGUGGCAAAAAAGUAAUGGUGUGUUAAUAAUUUAUGAGAAUUAACACACGUCGUUUAAGUUCCGUAUGUAAAUUUGAGAGUUAUUAAUACAUUACAUUUUAAAAAACGCUAAUUUAUUUUACAC